CUGGUAUAGGUUGCCUUGGGUGCACUAGCCUUGCACCCGAAUAUCCUUCGCCGUAUCGAUCCAACGAAAAAACGGCAUAAUAAGGUGCUGGUGCGUUCAGUUCAUUUACAGUUCUCUCUCGGUUCGGAUGUUAUUUUUUCUGUUGCCGCAGUGGCUUGUCUGAUAUAUAAAUAUAUUGAAAAGUUUUCUUAGUCUGUCCUUAAACUGCUCAUCAUUUUAGCUCGUGUUAUCUGUUGGGCUUAAGCGUUCUAAUUCCAGUUCCAAAUGAGAUUGAUAAAGAUAUACCUUCGAUACUAUCCACCAGGCAUUGCGCUGAACUACCAGAAGAAAGGUAUUGAAGGGACCAAAAUGAUAGAUCUGUUUGAUCUUACACCAAGCUGUGAUCUCCAAGUGCUAACGAAGCAAAUUGCCUCCACCGAACCACUCAUUACGCAAGAAGUGUUCCCCCAGGUGACGGAAAUAUUGGAAAAGUUGCAGAAAAAGCUCAAAGAACCGGUCAAGACCAAGUUUUACCUGUUCAAAACGCUGCAAACGCACAUCCUGCCACUGACGAAUGUGUGCUUCGACAAAUCGGGCAAAAAAUGCAUUACCGGAUCUUACGACCGCACCUGUCGCAUCUGGAACGUGGAAAGCGGUGACGAAGAGAAAGUCCUUAAAGGGCAUGAAAAUGUCGUCUUCUCUGUAGCCUACAACUAUCCUCGAUGGUAUGACUUCAAAUCCCCAAAAUUGAGGACUUCAAAGUUGAAGCUUCUAUCGCACAUUUCGCUACCCUCCAGCGACCGGAUACUUACAGGAUCAUUUGACAAAACUGCCAAGAUAUGGAACCCCGUCUCGGGCAACUGUAUCAACACACUCUGGGGUCAUACGGCCGAGAUUGUGGGCGCAGAGUUCAAUCCCCACCAGUGUGAGCUGGUAGCAACGUGCAGCAUGGACAAUACGGCCCGCGUGUUUCACUCGGAAACGGGCCAGGAGAUACAUCUGUUUGCGGAUCAUUCGGCGGAAGUUAUCUCGGCCCGGUUCAAUAAGGAGGGCAGUCUGCUGCUCACCGCCUCGUUCGACGAAACGGCCACCGUGUGGGAUAUGCGAGCGAAGGAGCACGCCAUCGUUAUCCGUGGACAUGAGGCCGAACUAAGUAACGCUGUCUGGAACUUCCAGUGCAAUCUGAUCGCUACCAGCUCCCUUGACCGGACGGCCAAGAUAUGGGAUCUGCGUCGUUUGGAUGAACCACAAGCCACGGCCACCCACAAGGAUGAGGUGCUGGACGUUGCGUUCAACUGUACCGGCACACGGUUAGCGACGGGCAGUGCCGACUGUACCGCCAAGGUGUGGGACGUUACGGGCAACUUCGAGCUCGUUACGAUUAUGGCCGGCCAUUCGGACGAAGUGUCCAAGGUGACGUUCAGCCCACCGGGUGGAUUGCUGCUGACGGCAUCGGCCGACAAAACGGCCCGCAUUUGGAAUUCGGGCACCGGUACCUGCACCCAGACACUGUCCGGGCACGAUGGGGAAGUGUUUUCCUGCUCGUUCAACUACUCCGGCGACGCCAUCAUUACCGCGUCGAAGGACAACACGUGUAAGAUAUGGAGAUGAUACGACUGGUUCUCCGGGCAGGCCUUUAAAGUCGACGUGGUCCAAUUCAUAGAGCCAAUAUACGCAAAACCGUCUCACGCCGGGAAAGGCAAUGAAAAGCAUUAGUAAAAAAAAAGAAAGCAAAACAAAACAGGCAAACUGCCACCAUACACAGACAUACCACCACACAAGCCAUAUAUGCCAUAUACUCUGCGCCAAUGAAUCGCAAUUCGCUCGAAACGAACAAUUUCACACCGGAAUGUGAGUAUGAUGCCAUAAUUUAAUGCCGUCUAUUGCCAUUGAACAUGAUCACGAUCAUCCACAAAAGCAUAAAAAAGCAUACAAAGCAACAACAAGAACCAAAAGGGAAACCGCAUCAAGGCAUUUGCGCGUACAUUACAGUACGUUCCUUGCAAUAAAACGCAUUAAAACGUGAACGCCACAACUCAUGUCCUACCCAUCCGUAAGCAUUGCCACCUCCUCCCGAAAUUACAUCUUCCUAUUAAAAAAAUCCCAUUUUUCGCAACAUAACAAUCGCUUGCAGUAACGCGUAUCUUUGCAUUUUGAUCACCUUUUCUCUAUAUUGGCGCACCACCAGAGGAGUUUGUUGAUUUCCCUUUGUUUCACACGGUUUCGACACGUUUGCCACAAUGUGGAACACAAUGUGGAACACGAAUGUUUGCAAGUCGAACUUAGUUGAUGAUUUUAUAUGCUUGCUCUUUGGCACUUCACGAUCAAUAUCAUACCACUAUUAAUCACAUGGCGGAACAACGACAACGAGCGCGCACAACGGGAACGCAAGACCGUUGCACGCACGCGAAAGAAUCAAGAGGAAACCAUUUUUUAAUCGCACUCUACAACUCUUUGCAGAUACUACUGCGUCAAAAGUGUAUUAAAAUACUGGACUAGCCUUCGGAGUGGCCCAGGAGAUGGGUGUGAACACGUUUCCCUGGGCAUACAGUGGGAGAGCAUACAUCGUCGUAUCGUCGUUCGUAUCUAUCCGUUUUUUUUUUUUUUUUGUAAAUAGUCAUUGUAGGUAGUGAUAAGUGACUUGUUUUCUAAUGUUUAGAUUUACAAUCAUAGCGUUGAAUCAUAGGAUCAAAUUUCAACUUACGAGUUGAUAGAGCAAGGCACAGCUGUUAGAGUACCGUUUUAAAGAGUGUUAUGUUUUUAUUUAAUUGUUAAAGUCUAAAAAUGCAACAGAUAAGCGUACAGUGAUAGUAUUUAAAUAGGAUGGGUAACAUACUAGAAUAGGAUUAGUAGGUAACCGUUUACCGAUUGCGAUUUUCCUCUAUCAUAUUUAUAAAAAAGAAAGCUUUUUAAAAGUUGAAACGUUAAAUGCAAACAUAGGCGAAUAAAGCCCCAUUUUAGGAACGCGUGUCCUUUGAGCCUCUUUUUCAUCCAUUCCC